GACCCGUAUACUGCGUCACCUGGAUUAUUUGGUCCACGAUCGCCAUCAAACAUACCGCUCGACCCGUAUCCUGCGCCACCUGGACUACUUGGUCCACAAACAUCAAACAUACCGUUCAUAAUCCACCCGCCGCUUUCACGAUCACCAUCUCCUUAUUCCCCCUUCAUUCCAAAUCUGCAGAGUCCAUGGGGUGACGCAUUUCCAAGAAUGUAUCCGCCAAAUCAAGUUCACCAGCAUCCAAUAAUUCCAUACAAGGAUUUUGAGGAAGCCGGGAACCAUUUUGUUCGUCGGUGGCAGAAAUGGGACCAAUUUGGCAAGCAGUGGGUGCCGGAUAUGUACAGGUCCUUGUCUUCUUCCCCCAUAGACAUUCGAGGUGUCGAUGACUAUUUCUAUCUCAACGUCCGCUCCAAGAGCCAGGAAGAGAAAGGUUCACUUGUUUUCAGCGACUUCAGUUCAAUCUUAGACUCUUUCCUCCGAACUGUGUUUGUUGACGGCAAUUACGACAAACCCCUCGAAUACCCUAUUCAUCGACUGUACCAAAAGAUGAAGGUACUUAGGUCCAGAUUGGACGAUGCACACACCCUCUUGGAUGCAGAGCAACUUCCAGGAGACCUAGCAUCCAAGGCCGAGGUUUUCGGGUUCGACUCGUCUUCUGGAUGCGAAGUGGUCUUCGAAUACGUCGCUAAUCUUGUGAUACAUUUAGGAAAACUGUUGGAGGUCGUAGAAGCGGAAUGCAAGCAGACGGUUAAACAAAUCGAAGAGUCGCUGUCUAACGGCCAGAUUUCCUUCGAACUUCUCGAGUAUUACUAUGAGGAAGGAACUCAGUACAUCUACAACAGUGGAAUUUCACAGAAUGGCUUAGAUGUCGAGAGACCUAUUACCUUGGUGGUCUUGAAGAGUGUUCGCUUCAGUGAUGACAGGCAGGAGCUGACCUUCGAGCUGGAGUACCUCGAGUGGGAUGGUGUUCGUUUUGAGAAGCGUCCAUUGUUAGUUGAUUAUGAUGUAUACCAGGGAACUCGAGACAUUUCGAGCCUGUUUCUUCAACCCGUGACAGACGAAGCCCUGGCUAAAGUGACUGAGCGUGGAAGACUCUAUCUCUCCUAUAGCAAAGUUUGUUGUGCAGAGUAUUUUGACGACACAGCAGUGCGGUCGGUUUUCAGUAGCAACUUAAAACCACGGAUGAGGAGGGUGAUGAUCGACCCAACUGGAUUCCACCGUGCUUCACAAGGCUACAAUCCAAAUCUACGUGUGCCACUUCCCGACAACUCGGAGGAGUAUGUUGCGCGCCUUCCAUACUGGAUUGGUGGCUAUGAUCUUGAAGUGAAUCAAUGGCGAAUAUUCAAUAUCUGGGAUUUGAAGCCAGUCAAGUAUGAUCAAGAGGCGUGGAGUAAAUUGAUUAUGGACGAAAAUACCAAGGAUCUCAUUCGAGCCUUGGUGGAUAAUACUGGUUGUUCUUUAGGCGGCCUAAAACCGGCCCAGUUCAACAAAGGACAGACAGUACUUCUCAAGGGACCACCAGGAACUGGCAGAAUGACAGCCGUUCAUGCUGUCUGUAAUCUCCUCAAGAGACCCAUUAUUACUAUUUCCGCACACGAGUUUUCAUUCGACAAGAUGACUCUGGUGUCAGAAAUUGCUCGGCGCAUGUCGUUUGCGGUCACUUGGAAUGCAGUGAUUGUGGUAAAAGAUGCCGAUCAUUUCUUGGACCCGAAAAGUCCAAUCCAAAGGGAUCGCGUCCAUGCUGCUCUCCAUCAAUUUGAGUCGGAUGAUUGUAUCUCCUUCUGGAUAUCAAGUACCUGCGGCGAAGAACUAUUGGGGCGAUUCCCUACCGUCGUCGAUCUCCCUGAACUGGACGCUUCAGCCCGACGUCGUCUGUGGCUUGGCCACUUCGGCCUAGAUGAUCCCGCUACAAGUAUGCGUAACAGUGAUCGCACACUUAUCGGCUCCUCUUUCGUAGACGAGAAGGAGAUGGAUCACUCAUUACUCCUUCGCGAAAUCGAGAAACUUUCAUGGCAUCAAUUGGAUGGGAGGAUGAUUGACAAUAUUGUGCGGUCUGCGCGAGCGCUGGCUGCCUCAAACGGGGAACAUCUUUCCAUCCACCACAUCAAAGUAGUUAUGAAAGCCCAGCGAUUGGACAAUCUUCCUUUAUGGCGCAAGAUGGCCCGAAUUUUGACACAUCCGGCAAAGGUUCUGCAUACGUAGUGGAUUGGUCGGCGAAAGGCUCGUUGAUGCGAUACUGGUAUACUGUAUACAUAUUUUGAUCUGGACUUCCUUGCUUGUAAUAUAGCUAUGUACAAUUAGAUGUACGGUAUUUGGUUACAGACUUGAAGACACGGUG